GUAUUGUCCUCGAGGCCCUGCACUCGCCAGUCGAUCAUUUUGCGCCGAUUGAAGCGCAUAUACGAAAGUUCGGCGAGGAAUAGCGUUCUACACAUGUAAACAUCCGUAGUGUUAUUUUCUUUCCCGUUUGUAAUAAUUUUGUUUUGUUUUGUUUUUUUUUCCAAAAAUACUUGACUGUAAACAUUGAAACUAUUUCUCUUGUGAUUGAUCAGUGUGUUUGUCGUGUGUUGUGAUUUUUUUAUUGAUCAUAUUUAAAAUCGUUGUGCCCCGCUCAAACGACUGAAAAAAAACGCUCAAAUUAUGGUCAAGUGGUGGCUAGCUGCUUUGCUGCUGGUUACCUGCAUUUCAGCCUUGGCAGAUGCCAAAAAGAAAUGGAAACCCGAUGAAGAUUUUGAGUUCGAAGAGGUUCUCAAAGAAAAUAUUUAUUUUGAUUACAAAUUGGCCGAUAUUGGUAAACAAUUUUUGCGACUUGUCUUCGGAAACGUCAUUACGGACAACUCAAAACCUAAUGAUAUUGGCAAAUUCGGCGAAAAAAAGCGAUGGAUACAUGAUCCAAACAGUGACCAUUGCACGCCAUUGAGGUGUAAGAAAAAAGAAAUCUGUUUACUGGAAGACAUUUACACCGCCGUAUGUGUCAACAAAAAGGAGAUUCACAAAAACGGUGAUAUCAUUAUCAGCCGAGAAAAAUAUAUGGCUGAAAAAGCAGCUAGAAAAAAAGCCUUGGAAGAUGCGUUAGCUGAAGACGAGGCCGAGGACGACGAUGACGAUAUUUACGAGGACGAAGACGAUGAUGAUGAUAUAUUUUACGACAGUGGAGUCAGCAGUUCAUUGUCUUCCAACAACAGGUGUAAUCCGUGCCCGGUGAUGAAGCCAACAUUCCUUUGUGGCUCAGAUAAUCGUACAUACAGCUCAUUGUGUCGUUUAGAUUACCAUAAUUGUCUUCAUACAACUAAUAUCAAAGUCAAUUGUAAAGGAUUUUGUCCUUGUAAAGUUGAGCAAGAUGAAAUGGAGCGUAAAAAACAAAAACAAGCUGAAAGAAUGACCAACUUUAUGAAUAAAUAUAAAGCAACAUUAGAAAAUGAAAAAAUUAAAAUAAGUACAUACUCUCCUAUUUCCAAAUAUUCGGAGAAAUACAUUUUUGCUCCUGAAGAUUUCAAAUACGAAAAUAAACAUUAUAAAUACAUAAAAUAUAUUAAAAAUGACAAUCAAAUAUCCAAAAAUUCAAUUUUGGAAUCAAAUAAAAAUAAACGUCUUGAAAAAAUGAAUAAUGAAGUUAUUGAUACCAAUCAAAUAUCUCAUUCGUCGUGGAAUAAAGAUUGUCCACCAUCAGCUUUACAGUCUAUGGGUGAUCGUUUACUUGAUUGGUUUUCUGUAAUCAUGGCAGAUGCAAAGAGAAGGCGUACAAAGAACAAGGGAAAAGCUGUCAAGUUCAUUAAUGGAUGUAAAUGGGAAGUUCGUUGGAUGUACCAACAUUUAGAUUUAGAUUCAGAUGGUAAACUUUCAUUGCAAGAACUUUAUGAUUUAGAACACGAUAAAAACGAAAUGUGUAUCAAACCUUUCUUAGAUACAUGUGAUACUGAUGGAGAUAUCUUUGUCAAUCCAUAUGAAUGGUGUCGAUGUUUUGAUAACACAGAUCGACCAUGCACUGCUAUUAAACGAAGAAUAUCACCAAAUGCUUUAGGUGUCUAUGUGCCUGUAUGUGACGCUGAAGGUUAUUAUGAACAUACUCAGUGUCAUUCAUCUGUAGGCAUGUGCUGGUGUGUUGAUAAGCAUGGCGUAGAAGUACCCAACUCACGUGUCAGAGGAAAACCCAAUUGCUCAGCUCUUUUAUAUGGAAAAGAAGAUAGCCAAAAGAAUAAAUCUAUUGAAAAUGGUAUUUUAGAUAAUGAUACUGAUGUAGACGAUGAAGAUGGAGAUUCUGAAAUGGAAGGAAGUGCAGAUCAGUCAUUAGAGUUUUAAAGACUGUCACCCUAUUGAUCAACUAUUGAAAAUGUGUAAAAAUUUUCUGAAGUGUAAAAAUAUCAUUUUCAAAAAACGUCCAAAUUUCACUGUUGGAAACCUAAUAAUAGUGCAAUUAAUAGAUACAACGCUUAUUAUUAUUUUUUUUUAAUAACAUUUAUUAGUGUAAUAGAUUAGAUUGUAUGUUGUGUAUGUGUUCUAAAAUUAACAAAACAAAACAUCUUUUUCUCAAUAGGUUUAAUAAUAUUUGUACUAAAAGUAUUUUGCAUAUAUAUAUAUAUAACAUUAUUAUAAUUAAUUAAAUAUCGUAAUGAAUGUGCGGUUGUGUGUAUGUAUCCCGUUUUAUUUUAUUAAAGUAAUCGAAAAAAUAUUAGAUUCAUAAAUAGUUAUUGAUAUCAGUUUCCCUAUGUGCCAUUUGUUUUUGGUUAAGCACCGUCCUUAAUGUUAUCUACUUACCUAAGUGUAGGUUAUCAUAUUUUAUUUUUAAUUUGUUUUUUUUUAUACAUUAUAUUUUAUGUUUAAAUUGUAUAACUGAAAUAUUGUAGUGUUAUGCACAUAAAUAUAUGUUUAAUGUUAACGUGUUUUGUAAGCUACAAGAUAAGAAUGUUAUUCAUUAUAAAAUGCAAAUUACUAUAUAUGAGAAACUUUUUCCAUUUUUGUAGAGUAACGUAAUUUAUUAUUUAUUGAUACAUAUUAAUGAUUAAAAAGUAAUUGUUUUUUCUUAUGAAAGCCAGACUAAAUAGCACAUACAAUAAAAUAUAAAAUUUAAAUUAAGGAUUUCGCACAUUUUCAAUUAUGUGUUUUAUUUAAUAAUUUAAUUGAUUAUUUAUUUUUGAUAUUAUUUUUUACUUAUUAUUUACUAUGGAAUCUAUAAUAGUUAUUAUAAAUUGAACAUAUUUUAUGGCCAUUCAUAUUUACAUGAUUGCCGUCCAUGAUUAUUUUGUUACCAAUAUGUAAGAUGAUCACAUAAAUUAUUCAUUUAAACGUCACUUUAUAUACAGUUGAAUAAAACAAUUAUAGCACUUAAGUUUUACAUUGGGAAAAUUAUUAAUAUUUAUACCAAACCUUUUAAUGUUGAAUAUUUUUUGUUACACAGAAGUAGGUUCAUUUCUGCCAUAUUAUAGAUGACUUGUUGUUGUAUAGAUGUUUAGAUUUGUGUUUAUUGUAAUUGACUUCCUUAUUUAUCCGCAUACGCGGGUUUUUAUUUUAUUAUUAUUAUGUAUUAUGUUUAUUAGGUAAUAUUAUUUAUUAUUGUAACUCAAUAUUAUAUAAAUUGAUAUAAGUUAAAUCA